GCACAAAAGAAAACCUGCAUGUGGGUACUAACGCGUACCAGAACAGUCUAUGGGUGGAUAGAAUUCAGAGUUCCGUGUGUAGGAUUCAGGAACCUGUCCAUUGGUUGGAUUGAUCAUUUUCACAGAGGUCAAAGCCUUCUGUGACCUGUCCCCUCGUACCUACCUACCUAGACUCUUAUGUUCCUAACUGGUACGUAAGGGUUUGUCGUUUCCGACUGUCUACAGAGCAAUCCGAGACCCAGAUCUACUUCCCACUUACUGCUUUCUUACAAACGACGUACCUCACUUAGGUAGGUAUGGUGCCUCUUGACUUUGACUCGGCCCCUACUCAGAGUCGGUACAUACCUAGACCGGCCCCUUGCUGCACUUUCACCUUUUGGCUACAUAUGCAGAGCUUGGUGCAUGUCACAGCUCACUUGCAGAGCUAGAAGCCGAGUCUGGGCUUGACGUUGUCACUAGUUUCGCUUGCGCCGCUCACAAAGCAGCUGCCCUCCGGCAUCGCUUCUCACCGAACCCCGCAUCUCCGCGCAGCGCGCACCGUGGAAUCUGCCGCCAGCACAGCCAACCCAAUGGGGUGCUCCAGAGCUCAGAUUGCCGCGACGAUGUGCCUCGUGGGGGCCCUGCUGACAGCCACGUCAGCAGUACAUGCAGCCAAUUCUGCAUGGGAAGAGGGGCCGACCUUCGAGAUCAGCGCCACCGCUGAAGCCGUGAACACCUUCGUCGGCCAAGUCACACCUUCCGGUACGAACCAGCUGACGGGAACUGUGACCAUGGAAGAACGGGGUUACUUCCCGGUCGACGCCCAGAACCAGAAGGUUAAGGACCUGACCAUCGUCUACGGCCCGGUUAACCCGAACGACCCGGUUGAGCUCGGGAGUUACGGACCGGGCAACAUGACGUACGUCCAAGACCCCUCGCUGGAGGGCGCGAUAGUGCCCGGAGUAACCGUACAGCUGAAGGCGAAGGCGGGGUAUCACUUCGUGGCGGUUUCAUUCGGCGUUGCACUGAGCAACUUUGGGAGGCACACCGAAGCUUUCUUCGUGGACGGCCUGGGCUCGAGCACCGUCGGCAGCGGGUCAAUCACAGUCGACUCCCUCGUGCUCUACUCCGAGGGCAGGUUUGAGGCGACCAACAUAUACACGCCGCAGAUCACUAUUGUGCCGCACGGUCCGGCCAUCCGGUUCGUGAUUGACAACGUGAAGUACGUUCUGGAGCCCGACUCUUAGAGCGACAGCUGGCAUACGCCGUUUUCAAAUCCGCUUUUCGGCUUUAAGCUUAAGUUGGUAAAUCUAAGCGCGCGCGGGGCAGACAGAGCAGAAAGUUUUUAGCAGGUUGAGUUUACCUUAUCGGCGUUCUGGGCGUACUCUUUUUCUUUGUGCGUAUGACAGGUGCCGCUGAAUGUAAGUAGGGCGCGCAAUGCGAUUCGCGCGCCAGUUUGUUUUCCUCGUUUGAUAGAUUAACAGAGGCGCUUUUGAGAAUCGGCGGACCUUGCAGAAGCAAGCGAGAGUGCUGACAAGCGUAGGAGAUGAGGCGGGCUGAAAAGCCGUUGCAGAGUCUUGAAGUUGUUAAGAGUCUUGUACUAUGACUCUUUCUGAACAAUUUUGUACGUGGCAUAAAAGCAGAAUUCAGGCUUGCGGUUUGAAUCCAGCAAUCUGGCAACCAGCUCUUAUC